AUGGCUCGCAACAGCGAAAAAGCGCAGUCGAUGCUCUUCCGGUUCCGGGCCGCGCAGGCGGCGGACCUGGGCAUUCUCGACAUCGGGCGCACGCGGCGGCCGCGCGCCAUCACCUCGGUCGACUCCAUCCCCGUGUGCGAGAAGUGGCGCGGCCAGGUGCUCAAGGAGGUGUCGCGCAAGGUCUCGCGCAUCCAGGACCAGAGCCUCAGCGACUACCAGAUCCGCGACCUCAACGACGAGAUCAACAAGCUCAUGCGCGAGAAGUGGAUGUGGGAGGUGCAGAUCCGCAACCUGGGCGGGCCCAAUUACACCCGCGGCGGCGGCGGGGGCCGUGUGUACGAUGAGGAUGGUCGUGAGAUUCCCGGUGCGGGCAAGGGGUAUCGCUACUUUGGCCGCGCGCGCGAGCUGCCUGGGGUCAAGGAGAUGUUUGAAGCUGCGGCGAAGAAGCGCAGCGCUGACGAGCUGGAGGACUCUGGCGGUGGCGGUGGUAGGCAGAAUGAGAUGCUCAAGAAACAUGUCGAUGCGGCGUAUUUUGGAUACGGCCUGGAUGAGGAGGAUGGGACGCUGCUGGCGUAUGAGCGGAGGAAAGAGAAAGAGGCCUUUGAUAGUAUGCUGAAACGGGGCGACGACGACGCUGCUGGCGGGGAUUGGCAGCCGUUGCCUGGGAAUGGGGGGGAUGGUGUGGAGUGGAGGCUGCCUACGCUUGAUGAGGUGCAGGAAGAACUACUGGAUAGACGAAGACGGAGGCUACUUGAUAAGAUUCUUUGA